GUUCACUUGUAGUAUUGAUUUUAAAUUGUAAAAGUGCCCUAUUAAGAUAAAAAAAAAAGUUUUGUUUUGUGUCUCGAUUCGAAAAUGAGUCUCAGUAGAUUUAAACCUCGCUAUCCGGAUUACAGAUCAACACUUCUAUCAGUAAAAACUCUGAAUCGGUUGAUUGUGGCAAAUGGUAGAGCUCACAGAACAUCGAAAUACGAAAUAAUGAGUAGCGUUGGAAAAGAGGCGCAACUCGUGCUACGAAGGGGUCAAGAAUUUUACAUAAAUCUCACACUAUCGAGAAAUUACGAUCCGAUAAAUGAUAGAAUAUCGUUAGUAUUUAAAUUGGACGGCGCCUCAAAUGCAACAAUUGGUCAGAGAACAUUAGUGGUAAUUCCAGUUCUGGGGAAAAAUGGAACAUUAAGUAAUACCACCUGGAAAGCAACUGUCUCAAAAACAUAUAGAAAUAUAAUACAAAUCAAGAUAAUAACGAGUGCAGACGCAAUUGUUGGAAAAUGGAAAAUGUACAUUGUGACGAGAAAUAAAAAAUUGGCUGGUGCUAAAAGUUUCGGCGUAAAAGGACAUUUGUAUUUACUCUUUAAUCCUUGGUGUACAGAGGAUGUCGUUUACUUGCCCCUUGAGAAGGAACGAUACGAAUAUGUUUUAAUGGAUACGGGAUUAAUUUGGAGAGGUUCUUACGGAAAUAUGUCUCCCUUUGCUUGGAAAUAUGCUCAAUUUGACGAGAAUAUUCUUGAAUGUGCAUUAUAUUUAAUGCAAAACGUUGGAGGAGUCAAACCAUCUUCGAGAAAUGAUCCAGUUAUUGUAACCAGAAGUCUUUCGGCCGCCAUAAAUGCAAAUGACGACAACGGUGUAUUGACUGGUAAUUGGUCGAAGAACUUUGUGGGUGGAACGAAUCCAAUGAAAUGGUUGGGAUCGAGAAAAAUUUUGCAGGAAUAUUUCAAAACAAAAAGGUCCGUAAAAUACGGUCAAUGCUGGGUGUUUGCCGGCGUUUUAGCAACAAUUUGUCGAACUCUCGGCAUUCCCUGUCGAGCGGUGACAAAUUUCAGCAGUGCACAUGACAACGACAAUAGUGUAACACUCGAUGUUUUUUUCGAUGAACACGGAAAAGUAGUGAAACAUCUUUCCGAAGAUCCCCUCUGGAAUUAUCACGUAUGGAAUGAGGUGUGGAUGAAGAGAUUAGAUUUAGGUACACAAUAUUCAGGUUGGCAGGCGAUUGAUGCCACGCCACAGGCAUUAAGUCCCAAUAUUUUUCGUUGUGGUCCAACUUCAAUCUAUGCAGUGAAAAAUGGAGAAAUCCUAAAAUCCUACGAUACUGCUUUUCUCUUUGCCGAAGUUAAUGCCGAUGUGGUUUUUUGGCGUUACAAUGGACCCUCGCAACCUUUAAAACUUGUCGGCAGAAAUAUUAACUCAGUUGGAAAAUUCAUUAGCACAAAAGCUGUUGGUAAAUGGGAACGAGAAGAUAUAACCGACAAUUAUAAACAUCCAGAAACAACGGCAGAAGAAAGAGACAUCAUGGUAAAGGCUUUGCGCCAAAGCAAAAGCUUGUAUAGUCAUUACUACUUGAACGGAAUUUUCCACAAUGUUAAAUUUAAUUUAGAUCUACAUGGUGAUAUUGUUAUUGGACAACCUUUCCGAGUUCGAAUGAAAGUCGAAAAUAUCAGCAGUGAAGAGGACUUUCGGGUGAAAUUAAUUUUACGAGUGGCUGUUGUAUCUUAUAGAGGAAUAGUUACAAAAUAUGUGAAAAGACUUAAAAUGAACGAUAUACUAAUGAAACAAAAUCAGAAAAAGAAAAUUGAUUUGCCCGUUACUUGGAAGGAAUAUUUUCCAUAUUUACAACACGACACGAAUUUUCAAAUUUCAUGUUUAGCAUCAGUUCACGGAACAAAUUAUGAAUAUUACGCUAAAGAUAAUGUGGCAGUGAAAAAACCUGGUAUCAUCGUCAAGAUACUAAGCGAUCCAAAAGUUGGUUACGAGCUCCAAGCCUCGGCUGAAUUUUCCAAUCCACUGCCAAUUUCAUUGAAGAAAGGAAAGUUCAUCAUUGACGGUCCGGGACUUGCGGAACAAUUGAAAUUAGUUUUAUCAGAACCCGUACGGCCGGGACAACUUGCCAAAUGUUUCUUCUCAAUGAUGCCAAAUCAUUCAGGAAAAGCCACAAUAGUUGUCAAAUUUUAUUCCAAAGAAUUAUCGGAUAUCAAUGGUUUCAAGGAAUUCAUGGUGAAAUUUGUAAAUUCGUAUUUUCGAAGUAAUCACACUGGAAAAUCUAUAGAGAGUGACUGCAUCGAGAGUGAUUCAAUAGAGAGUGACUCCAUAGAGAGUGACUGCAUAGAGGGUGAUUCAAUAGAGAGUAACUCUAAAGAGAGUAACUCUAAACAGAGUAACUCUAAACAGAGUAACUCUAAACAGAGUAACUCUAAACAGUGUAACUCUAAACAGAGUAACUCUAAACAGAGUAACUCUAAACAGUGUAACUCUAAACAGAGUAACUCUAAACAGAGUAACUCUAAACAGAGUAACUCUAAACAGAGUAACUCCAUAGAGAGUGACUGCAUGGAGAGUGAUUCAAUAGAGAGUGACUUCAUAGAGAGUAACUGCAUAGAGAGAGACUCCAUAGAGAGUGACUGCAUGGAGAGUGAUUCAAUAGAGAGUGACUCCAUAGAGAGUAACUGCAUGGAGAGUGACUCCAUAGAGAGUGAUUCCCAGACCCGUUUGCCUUCUAUGAAAAUCGUAGACAUUUAACGAUUCCAUGGAUGGUGAAAUUUACUAAUUCGAAAACAAAAUGUCAAUGACGAAUUGAAAUUAGUAAACACUUUUACUUGAUCAAGAGAGAGAAUAAAAGUUCUUAAAAAUAAAUAAUGUGCCCUAUUAUUUCCAUAAUAUCUUCUUCAUGAUCUUUGCAGGAAAAUUGGAUUAUGAUUAGAUUAGGAUUAGCAGAAACUUCCUUCAAAAUAAGAUCAAAAAUAUUGCGACCACAUUGCAUUAAUUUUAUCCAGGCUUCACAGUCUGUCUCCUAUUUCCCUAAAAGUCCCCUUUUUUUAAUUUUGGCCACUGACCGUACCCUUUACAUUAGACGUUCCAACGAGGUGGAACUCGAUAGCUGAUAUGUUGUCUUCUCUUUUAUCCGCAAAAGAUAUUUGCAAAACUUUUUAAAAGGAUAAGCCGAAACUGAAACUAAAAGAGAGUGAAUAGAGGAACAUCGAAGACUGUCUGGCGGCAUUGCUACCGUGUAAAAAGGUAACUUUAAAAAUGCAGAGAGAAUAUGUCUUUUACCCGGUGAUUUCUACGGUAUCUGGGUAGAGUGCAGGUUGCUCACAAAAGAGAUAAAAAACUUACAUCCAUGUUUCUUGAUCCGAAAUAUUUGCCAUUUCUCAAGGAGGGAGACUGUCGACAAGCAAAACAUGUCUAAAGACAUUAUUACUAACAAAUGAUGCUUUACUUACAUCCAUGUUUCUUGAUCCGAGAUAUUUGCUAUUUCUCAAGGAGGGAGACUGCCGACAAGCAAAACAUGUCUUAAGAAGAGUAUGGGACACUAUUAACUCCAUCAACUCCAAAAAGAGUCCUGCCGCUGGAAAUAGUGGGGCUACAGAAAGUACUAGAGUCGCCUUCUUCGGAUCCAAGCAUUUUGGAAGAUAUUUUAAUUGUAGGAACGAACAAAAAUUUUAUCACGAAAGUCGAUAAAGUUAAGAAAGCGUAGAAACAAAAAAUUGUUACAGAGACUGUAGUAGAGACAGAAAAGAGAGUCGAAACAGAAACAAGCUCAGGAAGCAGUACCGAACUGAUUAGUUAAAGGAAAUGACUUUUCUACUAAGAAAUUAGUGAAAUUCUGCUAUUUAUUAAGUAGAACUUUACAAAUUAAUAUUGGGAGAGUAAGAUUUCAAUACUAUUUUCAUCAUAGCGCACAACUGCGCAUUUCUUUUUAUCAUAGUGCAUGAUAUAAUAAUAGAUAUAUCAUAAUAGGUAAUAACUCCGCCACUGGUUGUCCACUGCCGAACAUCAUUGAUGUCUUUGAUGUGCUGGGCGAAGCGGUCCCACUGCCAAAUGUCAUUGAUUUCUUUGAUGUGCUGGGAGAAGUGGAUCCACUGCCAGGGUUGGGAACGUAAACUACCUAAGGUAAUCUACGUAGUUGUUUACAAGUAGAUUACUUGGUAAUUUACGUCAAGAGUUUUCUACGUAAUUUACAUUAAUGUAUUUUGUCACGUGAUAUAACCUGAAAAGCAAACUUUUCAAGAGGUUAUGUUAUGUUUUUUUAGUCUUUUAAUGGCCGCCAUCUUGAAAAUGUAAAUUACAUGGGUUUUCUACAUUGUCUACGUAAAUUACUUAUUCUACGUAAUCUACAUCAGAAACCAAAAAUGACGCGUCAUUUUCCAACCCUGUCCACUGCCGAACAUCAUUAUAAUUGAAAUAAAUUAAAAAGAAUUCACAAAGAGCUCUGUGACAAAUACGAAUUGGAGCUAUGUUGCAAUUUUCCUGAAUUCGUUAAACUGUAUUGAACUUUCAAACCUUCUAUUCUUACUAAUUCAGUGGACAAGUUUUGUAGCCAUUAAUUUUUUUUAAUUCGUCAGCACGAAUUCAAUGCAUGCCUUGGUCAUUUCUGUCAAAUGCGAAUUCGUUUGCACAAAUUGAGGCAAAUUGAAUCGAAUUGAAUCGAAUAUACAAAGAG